CAAACUCUCCAGCAGGAAGAAGCUGGAAAAAUAACAAAACAAGUCUACAUCUCAGAGACCCUCCAAAGAGAAAUUGUGCCAGUCAUUUCUGCCUGCCCUUCCAUUCUUCCGGUCCAGCCAUGCCUCCUCAGAUGCAGAAUAACAUGAACCACUCUGCUCAAGUUGUCCAGGGCAGCCUGGAUACCUUGCCCCAAGGAGUCCGAGACUUCGUGGAAAGUAAUGCCCACCUGUGUCAACCAGACAAAAUCCACAUCUGCGAUGGUUCUGAGGAAGAGAACAAAAACAUUCUCGACUGUAUGGUGGAACAAGGCAUGAUCAAGAAACUAAAGAAGUAUGAUAACUGCUGGUUAGCUCUUACUGAUCCCAAAGAUGUGGCCAGAAUUGAAAGCAAAACUGUCAUUAUCACCCCAGAGCAAAGAGACACUGUACCAAUCCCCAAGACUGGAAUUAGCCAACUGGGUCUCUGGAUGUCAGAGGAGGACUUUGAGAAAGCCUUCAAUGCCAGAUUUCCAGGAUGCAUGAAAGGCCGAACGAUGUAUGUCAUUCCUUUUAGCAUGGGUCCCAUUGGCUCUCCUCUGUCAAAGAUUGGCAUUGAACUGACAGAUUCACCCUAUGUAGUGGCCAGCAUGAAGAUCAUGACCCGAAUGGGAACGUCAGUUUUAGAAGCACUGGGAAAUGGGGAAUUUGUAAAAUGCCUCCAUUCUGUGGGCUGUCCUUUACCUUUAAAAAAACCUUUAGUCAACAACUGGCCCUGCAAUCCAGAACAGACCCUCAUCGCUCACAUUCCUGAUCGCCGAGAGAUUAUUUCCUUUGGAAGUGGUUAUGGUGGAAACUCCCUCUUGGGGAAAAAGUGCUUUGCCCUCAGAAUAGCAAGCAGGAUUGCUAAGGAAGAAGGAUGGCUUGCUGAGCAUAUGCUGAUCCUGGGCAUCACAAAUCCUGAGGGUAAGAAGAAGUACUUUGCUGCAGCUUUUCCUAGUGCCUGUGGAAAGACCAACUUGGCAAUGAUGAACCCAACACUCCCAGGUUGGAAAGUUGAAUGCGUUGGUGAUGAUAUUGCUUGGAUGAAAUUUGAUGAGCAAGGCAAUUUAAGGGCUAUUAAUCCAGAAAAUGGAUUUUUUGGAGUUGCUCCUGGAACUUCUGUGAAAACAAAUCCGAAUGCUAUUAAGACCAUUCAGAAGAACACCAUCUUUACCAACGUUGCAGAAACAAGCGAUGGGGCUAUUUACUGGGAAGGCAUUGAUGAGCCUUUAGGCCCAGGUGUUACACUUACAUCAUGGAAAAACAAGGAAUGGACUCCAGAGGAUGGGGAGCCUUGUGCCCAUCCAAAUUCCCGAUUCUGCACUCCUGCAAACCAGUGCCCCAUCAUUGACCCUGCCUGGGAGUCUCCAGACGGAGUUCCAAUAGAGGGCAUCAUCUUUGGAGGCCGUAGACCUGUUGGCAUACCUCUGGUCUAUGAAUCCAUGAGCUGGCAGCAUGGAGUAUUUAUUGGGGCUUCAAUGCGGUCAGAAGCAACAGCAGCAGCUGAACACAAAGGCAAAGUCAUCAUGCAUGAUCCGUUUGCUAUGAGACCUUUCUUUGGCUACAACUUUGGGAAGUAUUUGGCUCAUUGGCUCAGUAUGGCUCAGCGCCCAGCAGCUAAAUUGCCCAAGAUCUUCCAUGUCAACUGGUUCCGGAAAGAUAAGGAAGGCAAAUUCCUCUGGCCAGGAUUUGGGGAGAACUCCCGUGUCCUGGAAUGGAUCUUCAAUAGGAUCAGUGGAGAAGACAAUGCUAAGCUCACACCCAUUGGUUACAUCCCUUCUGAAGAUGCCUUCAAUCUCAAGGGCCUGACAGAUAUCAAUAUGACAGAGCUCUUUGGCAUCUCCAAGGAGUUUUGGGAGAAAGAGGUGGAGGACAUUGAGAAGUACUUUGAAGUGCAAGUCAAUGCUGACUUGCCUUAUGAAAUUGAAAGGGAAAUCAGUGCUCUUAAGCAAAGAAUAAGCCAGAUAUAAUCAGGCUAGUUGGAAUCGUAUGUUUGCUUUUUGGAGUCAGGGGAACUGAUGACUAGUUUUCAAUUCAUAAGAUGCCUAGCCAGGUGAAUGACCAGGCAUUGAGGGCAGGACCAUAAUGAAUGCACUGGUGUAGCAGUAGAAUGAAUGCACUGAUGAGACUGGUAGUAACUCUGAGAAACGUGAUUUAAUUUUUCAGAUAAGAUUAAUAAGAGAUUGGGAGGGAAAAAUCUUAGUCAUAUCUCCAUUGUUCUACCUAGUGUAUGUUUUGUUGUACUUUAAGAACACUUAGACAUUAGCCCUCAUUCAUCUUAGCAUUAUCACAGGGGACUAUAUGAAACUUAAAGAAAAAUACUUGAGAUGUACAUAUGUGUGUUUGUGUGUGUCUGUGUAUGUACACCUGUAUGUAUUGUUAUUAAGACAUAUUUAACAUCUUUAGAAAAGUCUUGGGAAAGAUUACUGGUUAGUCUUUACUAGAAUGAAAUGCCACUAUUAAUAAUAUAUCGUAUAAAUUAUUUUUAUACACUCUUCUUUACAUUUAUUGUGAUUUCUAAUUUUUGACAUGACCUGCUCUAUAAAAUUAUUCAAUAAACUUUUUGUAGAAAA